GGUGGGCUUGGUGCCGGUGGGAAGGCGGGGGUGGAGGGGCCGUGGCGAGGGGUGAGUCACCUGGACCAAUUCAGGUCUCGACCUAGAGGCCCCAGGAGGACCCCUGAGGGGACACUGGCAAGCAGGGCCAGGGUGGCCAUCUUGGCGCGUUGGUGGCCCGGAUCAGAGGAGGGGCGAGGAGGGGCCGAGGCCGGUCUGAUCCGGAGUCCCAUCUGCCCACUCGCUCCCUGGGGCCCGGGGCCAGACGGCAGAUGGUGGCAGGGGGUGGAAGCCGCCACAGGGGGCUCUGCCGAGGCUUCCCGUGGCCGAGCCUGGGGGGGGGGUCGCGCCCCCAUCCCCUUCCUCCUGCUCCCAGCAGCCACAUCUGAGCCUGCCCCGCCACCCACCGCGGGCUGGCGGAACAGAGGUGGGAGCUAAGCAGCUGGUGCGGUCGGCGGGAAAGAGGGCGGGCGGCGGAGAGAGGCGUCCCGGGAAGUGCACUGGCCGCCUGCACGCCACACAAAGGCCUCUGUGUCGGCCCCAAGGCCUGGACCCCAUUCGCAGGGCGGCCCUGGGUCGGGACAGGCCUACCCUGGCCUUAGGACUAACCAGACCAAGCCCAGCUCCCUUGCCGGGCCAGCCGCCUGUAUCCCACUAGAGGCACAGUGGGAGGGAUCUGUGUUAGAGCUGAGCUGGGUCACCCAGCUGGGGGUCCUGGGGUCUUUAGAGGCUGAGGAAGGCCCGGUUCAGGCCCUCUCCCCAGAGACAUGCAGAGGCUCUGGCCUGAAAGCAGGCUGGCUGGGCCUGGAGGAAUGUGGGUUUUGUUGGGUGGCUUGGGGCGGCUGGGGGCUCCCCGGAGAGGGUGGAGGGGUGGGGACAGAGCCAGAGGGUUGCACAAGCGCCCAAGUGGGUGGAUGAGUCACAGCCCAGGGGAAGGCGGAAAAUAGGAGGCAGGGGAGAGGGGCGGGACAGAGUCCCCCCCGUGGCCCUGCUUUUCCAAAGGCUUCUGCCCAUUUGACAGAUGGGGAGACUGAGGCCCGGAGAGUGGCAGGGUCUCGUCCCGGGCUGAACAGUGCAAACAGGGUGGCCAAAAGGAGAGGGGCUGGCCAGGCAGGAGGUGGGCAGGAGGCCCCCUGGCCCCCCACUCCUCCUUGACAGGGUCAGCUUGAGUGGGCAGGGAGGAGCAUCAGGCAGUGGCCUGGUUUCCCCCAGUUACUCACUGCGAGGGUUGAGCCACGUCCUAGGGGUUCCACAGGGCAGGAAGGGGUCUGUCCUGCAGAGUCACCGCCCCACCCCACCAGGGCACGCCCACGGCCCUGAUGACCCUGGCCAGGUCCCUGGGUCUUGGCCUUACCCCUUCCUGACUCAGAGCCCCCCAAGAGAACUGGGCCCGACCAGGAGGCAGGAGAGAAGGUUAGGGAGGCCGAGGGGCUAGGCAGGGAUGGACGGCCAUGCUGGUUGGAUAUUGGCUCUUGGGUCAGUUGCCCUGGGUUUGAGUUGAGGUGCAGCCAUGGGCCCCUGGGACUCCCUGAGCCUGAGCCUCAUUUUCUCACCUCUGCGGUGGAGACGGUGCUGCCUCUGGGACUGCUGGGCGCUCAGCCAGGGCAGCGCACGGUGGGUGCCUUAUGUCACCGCUGUGGCCUCCUAGAGAGGGCAUGGGCAGAAUCCCGUGCUCAGAUUCAUUAGGAAACAACUUGUGUUGGGCAUUUAUUGAGCACCUUCUGUGUGCUCCCACGCCACUUCAAAUUGUCCUUUGGACAGGCACUCCCCUCUCUCGUAAAGCCGGGAGGGGGGCCGGUGUUCAUCUCUGAAGCACCCAGUUGGGUUUCGCCAACGUCCUCUCACUUUGAUGAUGCAGAACCAGCCAUGGACCAUCCUGAUGCAGAGCUUGGGAAACCGAGGCUGGUGGGGGAGGUGGGGGCACUACUUUCUGAGGGCCUCGCAGCCCAGCCAGUGGGCCCGGCCCUCCCUGUCCCUCACGACCGCCCCUUCCUCCCCGGCGCUGCAGGUCUCGGCGCGGAAGAUGGCCGGCGGCGUGGACGGCCCCAUCGGGAUCCCGUUCCCCGACCACAGCAGCGACAUUCUGAGCGGACUCAACGAGCAGCGGACGCAGGGCCUGCUGUGCGACGUGGUGAUCCUGGUGGAGGGCCGUGAGUUCCCCACGCACCGCUCGGUGCUGGCUGCCUGCAGCCAGUACUUCAAGAAGCUGUUCACGUCGGGUGCCGUGGUGGACCAGCAGAACGUGUACGAGAUCGACUUCGUCAGCGCCGAGGCGCUCACGGCCCUCAUGGAUUUCGCCUACACGGCCACGCUCACCGUCAGCACAGCCAACGUGGGCGACAUCCUCAGCGCCGCCCGCCUGCUCGAGAUCCCCGCCGUGAGCCACGUCUGCGCCGACCUCCUCGACCGGCAGAUCCUGGCGGCCGAUGCGGGUGCCGAUGCCGGCCAGCUGGACCUCGUAGAUCAAAUUGAUCAGCGAAACCUCCUUCGCGCCAAGGAGUACCUCGAGUUCUUCCAGAGCAACCCCAUGAACAGCCUGCCCGCCGCCGCCGCCGCCUCAUUCCCAUGGUCUGCCUUUGGCGCAUCCGACGAUGACCUGGACGCCACCAAGGAGGCCGUGGCCGCUGCCGUGGCCGCCGUGGCUGCCGGCGACUGCAAUGGCUUGGACUUCUACGGGCCCGGCCCCCCAGCCGAGCGACCCCCGGCCGGGGACGGGGAUGAGGGAGAUAGCAACCCAGGUCUGUGGCCGGAGCGUGAUGACGACGCCCCCGCUGGGGGCCUCUUCCCACCCCCCGUGGCCCAGCCGUCCACCGCCACACAGAACGGCCACUACGGCCGGGGCGGGGAGGAGGAGGCAGCCUCGCUGUCAGAGGCGGCCCCGGAGCCGGGCGACUCUCCGGGCUUCCUGUCGGGCACGGCCGAGGGCGAGGACGGGGACGGGGCCGACACGGACGGGCUGGCGGCCAGCACACUGCUGCAGCAGAUGAUGUCGUCGGUGGGCCGGGCGGGAGCGGCGACGGCGGGGGACAGCGACGAGGAGUCACGGGCGGAUGACAAGGGCGUCGUGGACUACUACCUGAAGUACUUCAGCGGCGCCCACGACGGCGACGUCUACCCGGCCUGGUCGCAGAAGGUGGAGAAGAAGAUCCGGGCUAAGGCCUUCCAGAAGUGCCCCAUCUGCGAGAAGGUCAUCCAGGGCGCCGGCAAGCUGCCGCGGCACAUCCGGACCCACACGGGCGAGAAGCCCUACGAGUGUAACAUCUGCAAGGUCCGAUUCACCAGGCAGGACAAGCUCAAGGUGCACAUGAGGAAGCACACGGGCGAGAAGCCGUACCUGUGCCAGCAGUGCGGGGCGGCGUUCGCGCACAACUACGACCUGAAGAACCACAUGCGCGUCCACACUGGCCUGCGCCCCUACCAGUGCGACAGCUGCUGCAAGACGUUCGUGCGCUCCGACCACCUGCACAGACACCUCAAGAAGGACGGCUGCAACGGCGUGCCCUCACGCCGCGGCCGCAAGCCCCGGGUGCGGGGUGGCGGGCUUGGGGGGCCCGACCCCGCCCCUGCACCGGGGGCCCCUGUGCCGCCCGGCGCCCCUGCCCCGCCCGGGUCGCCGGACGCGCGGCGCAAUGGCCAGGAGAAGCACUUUAAGGACGAGGACGAGGAUGAGGACGAGGCCAGCCCCGACGGCCUGGGCAGGUUGAAUGUAGCGGGCGCCGCUGGGGGAGGCGAUGGGGGCGCCGGGGCCACCGCCGAUGGCAGCUUCGCGGCCGGACUCGCUUGAAAACCAAAAAAAGAGAAAACAGAAACCCGAGAAAGAGAGAGAGAGAGAGCAAAUCACCCACCACCCCCAAAAAACACAAAAAAAGAAAUCUAUCUAUAUACAGAUAUCUAUAUCUAUAUAUAUAUAUAUACAGAUAUAUAUAUAUGAAGCGUCACAGAAUCUAGGGUAGUGCUUUUCUCAGAUUUUUCUCCUUCAUGAUGUUCUCUCCCUCCACGGGGACCCUCGCCCCCCCACCCCCAGCCCCGCUUGCCCCCCACCCCGUUGAUGGCUUUCGGGGCUCAGCUUGGGGUUUUUGUGGGAUACGAGGGUUCUGAGCUCCCCGGGCGCCCCGCGGUUCGGGGUCUGGGGUCCCAUCGGAGGCCCGAUCAGGGCCCCAGGUCCCAGCAGGGGUGAGGGUGGUCACGGGGGCGUGGGCCGGGGAUGGCGGGGGAGGGGGGGACUUUUCUUUUCCUCGCCCUGCCCCGCCCCCGCUGAUUUCUAGAGUCUUUUGAGAUAAGACCUUAAAAAUGAUUUGUGUCCGCUGUGAGCGGACGUUAAAACGGCCCCAUCCGCACCCCCACCCUCCUUCCUCAGGGCACUUCCAAAGUGGGGGUCUCCCCCUCCGUCUCCCCACCUGCCUCCCUGCCUCCCGUCCCUGCCUGUGGUCCCCCGGAUCUCCUGGCCACCGCGACACAAAUCUAUUUAUUUCCAGGCGUGGAGAAAGGGGAGAAGACGGGGAAAGGGGGGAGGGCACCAGGGUGACUCCCCAAGGGCCCCCGCCGCCUUCCUUCACGGCACUUACAACCCGGCGGGACCUGCGGGCCGCCACUCAGGGUGCCCCUGCCACCCCCGUCUUGGUCCUCCGACCCAGGCCCACCCCAGACCCCAUGAGACGUUUGGAGAUUCGAAACUUUUUGUCUUCACCCUCUCCCCUUCCCCUAGCCCUGUCCCGAUUUUUAAAAGCACUUUUUAGAUUUUUUUUCUUUUCCUCCUUAAAAACAAAAUUUAUAUAUAGAUAUAUAUAUAUAUAAAAUAUACUUUUCCUCAGAGGAGCAGGCGACUGUGGGGUGAGAGAGCCAAGAGCAGAGGGAACGCAGGGUCUCACGGUGGCAGGGAUGUGGGGAGCGAGAGUGUCCAGAAGUUCCAAUGUCACAAAAGCAAUAAAAACAAGAUUUUACAAAAAUGAAAGGAAAAAAAAAAAAAAACAACAAGACAACCAACCACAAAUAGAAGUCUUGGCACUUUGUAACAGAACGGGUACUACACUUUAUCUUAAUUCUUAAUUUAAAAACAUGUUUACAAGUUGCAACCAACUUCUAUGAAAAGUCAAAAAGACAAAAAAAAAAUAAAUAAGAGCGAGAGAGCGAGCGAGAGAGAGAGAGCGAGAGAGAGCAAACAGAAAUUCCUAAAAGUCGAUUUAUUUUUGUACAAAAUAAUAAAAAAAGAAACCCACCACAGACGUAGAAUCCACUUCUGUUCCCCGAGGUGAGAAGGGGGUCAGGAAGUCACGGGUGAGGGCGAAGCCUUCUGAGGUAUUUGUGCUUUACCAUGGGGGCUCGCCUUGCAGGCAGGACUGCGGGGUUUUUGUGUUUCUGCCGUGUCCCCCCCACCCCGCCCAGCACCUCCCCGCCCCAUUCUGUCCCUUUUUGGGUUCUGAUUUGGAGACGUCUCCUCACCUGCUAGCCAUACAGUGGCCACCCGUGUCCGCGGGGACCCUCCUUACCGACUCCCCAGCUCAGGGAUGGGCCCGAGAGAGGGCUGGCCUUCCAACCAGCCGGAGCAAUCCCGUCUCCCUGCCCUUGCCCCCGACCCUUGCUGUCCCCCCACCCUCCAACAUGGCCGCCCUUCCUUGUGGCCACCGAGGAGCUGCCAUCUUGGAUACACCAUCCCCACCUAGGUGGGUGACAGGGGGCCUCACCUCCAGGGCCUUACUCCACCCCCCACUGCACCCCUCUUUUUACUCAAAGGCACUGACUGUAACCUGGGGGCUGGCACCCGCCUCCCCCCAGCCUCUGGCUCCCCAAAGGCCCGGCAUUGACCGAGCCACAGGCCACGGACUGGGGCCAGGGCUGGGGAGGCCGUGUCGCCAGAGGCCGGGGCACCCUCCUCCCCCCCCACCCAUCCCCCGUCGCAUAUGCAACCCUAGCGUGGGGCCCUGUAAAUAGACGCUCUGCUGAGCGGAGACCCUUCCUCGUCAAAAGCCGGAGGUGCGGGGGGUGUCCCCGCUCCCCGCCUCUAGCUGCUGGCCCGUCACCCCAUGCCCCUUGGUUCUGUGACAGACCCCAUCUCUUUCUUGUUUUUAAAGGGAAGCUUUUAAAGAAGGCAACUUUCAUCAUUGUUUCUACAGGACAGUUUUUUUGUUUCCUCCUGCUCCCCCCACCCCUGAGCCUGUCAGCCCCCCAGAUGUCUCAGGACCCCCCCUCCUGAGGGGGGUGGCAGGGGAGCCCAGGGCCGGGUGGCCCCGCCCACACCCCAGCAUCGUGGGGGCGAGCUCUCUCAGAGAACAACCCAUGCAAGCUGAACAGGGAGCUCGAGUGCCCAGGCUAGGGGGACCUGCACCCCUACCCCAUCCCAGAGAGGUUCCCUGAAGGGACAGCCCUCUCCCCCACUACCCACACACCCCCUCGCAAUAAAACCAACUGAAAAAUCACAGCUGUCGUCCUGGCCGGGUGGGGGGAGACCAGGCUUGGGGGAUUAAGGCCUCUGGGACUACAGCGGGGGCAAGGGCUGAACCCCCGCCGAGCACACUUUAACACAAACCUCCUCGGGAAUUGCACUAAACCCCAACCCCUAGCUCUGCGCUCAGCUUCUGCCAGCCUUGCCCACCCACUCCGCCUUAACCCCUCUCCUGCUGCCCACCAGCCCAUCCCCGGGGGCCGCAGCAUCUGCAUGGGCCCAGAGCCGGGACCCCCGCCCUCCCAGCCCAGGCCCUGCCCCCCAACUCCGCGCAAUCACAUACUGUAUAUAGACGUGGAUCAAUUUUAUUUUUAUUCUUUAAAUUAAGGUCGUGAUAAAGUGUUGCCAAAGAUACUGCUGAAUUCUCGCGUUUCAGGAAACAAACAAAAAAAAAAUUUUGAGGGGGAACGUGCUGACUGGUCAGAAAGGACAGAGCAAAAAGUUUUUUUGUUUGGUUGUUUGGGGUUUUUUUUUGUGGUUUCUUUUUUUGGGGUGUUUUUUUUUUUUUUUAACUGCCUGGUACAAAAAAAAAAAAAAGAAAAAAAGAAAAACAGCGAAAUUGUUAUUUCCAUCAUCUUGGUGAAGCUGCGUGAAUGUGUGUGUGCGCUUGUGUAUGAGUGAGGUCCAGGUGGGGGGAACUCCAGGAGGGGGCUCCGGCAGGGGUGGGGGGGAGGGCGUCCUGGGACGACGGCGGUGGGCCAGCAGGAUGGUGGGGGCCGGAGCCCUCACCUGGAGCGGUCGCCAGCCUGCAGGACCCGGGAGAGAGAGAUUAGCACCCUUGCUGCUGCCCCCUGGCUAGCCCCCUCACCUUGAUCCCCACCCCACC